UCUGCUCUGACUCAUACGAAAAGAAUCAGAGAGAUUCUUCCGGAAUAAAUAAGCUCCUGACAGCUCUUUCACGAGAACUUCUUCCGCUGCACGAAAUCGAAGUUCAGGAUGACGGUACAGUCCUCAGUGUCGAAGAACGAAGAAGACGUGGAGGGAAUUUCGAAAGGAGACGCACUCGACAAAGAAACUCAGCUGGCCAAGUUCGAACGCAUCAGGAGUGCGAUCCGACUGAAUGAUGUCCUCGCUCUCAAAUCCGCUGCCGCCGAGCCGGGCGGUUUGGUCGAAGAUACUUUGAGGAAAGAAUCCUGGCCCCUGAUUCUGAAGAUCGAUCCGGAUCUUGUUCCGGAAGCGUCGUCUCAAGAAGAAGUGGAGAAACACCGCUAUUACCAACAGGUGCUGAUGGAUGUAGCACGCUCGAUCAGACGCUUCCCACCUUCCAUCGCAUCGGAAAAGAGGAUGAACCUGCAGGACAAGCUGGUCAACGUGAUAAUGCGUGUCCUGGUCGCGAAUCCGGACCUCCACUACUAUCAGGGAUACCACGACAUCUGCGUGACGGUGUUGCUGGUUGUCGACGGAGACGAAGACCUCGCUUUCCAAAUAAUGAAUGAGAUAUCCAGAACGCGACUCCGGGUAUUCAUGGAAGAAACAAUGAAACCGACGGAAUGCCAGCUUAAUUACAUUUAUGCGAUCUUCCAAGCGGAGGAUCCGAAGCUGAGGAAAUUCCUGGAGAGGGCCGAGUGCCGGGUCAUAUUCUGCCUAUCGUGGUGCCUGACGUGGUUCGGACACGACCUCGAGAACUACUCGAAUCUCGUUCGUCUCUACGACCUGUUCCUUGCAAACGAUGAGAACCAAUACCUGUUGCCGGUGUAUGUCGCGGCGGCGGUGGUAUUGUCGCGCAGCAAGAGUCUCCAAUUGCAGGAAUGUUCUCUCCCUUCCGUGCACUCGUACCUGAGAGACGUACUCAUUGACUUGGAUAAUCACCCCUCGGAGCUAGAAGAUUGUAUCUUCCACGCGAAGAAACUCCACGCUUUGUAUCCGGUGGAGCGCCUCGAACAAAUCGAAGCUGAAAAACGUCGCCAAGACGAGGAGUACCGAAGGUGGAGAAGAUCCUUCCUCGGAAUGACGCUCUUACGACUCAAGCGCGUGGAUUGGAAAUCGAGGGGCUUGGCCGGCGCCGUUCUUGUUUUAUCUGUGGCGAUCGGAUACCAAAUGUACAGACGAAGCAUCACAAGCAUUGCGGAAGCUUGAAACGCAGGAUUAUUGUUGUCCCUCUACGGUGAUAUACAUAUACAUAUAUAGGGGUUGAUCUUGGAAGAAAUUUAUUUUCGUGUUCUGUGAUGGGCUCGGUGUAAUGAGACGAUUUGGGGAUCCGUCGUUCCUCUCACAACGUGGAACGCGGGAAGCGCCGUUCAGACUGUUGGAGAACUUCUCGAGCGAUAGCUCUUUAGCACAAACCAACAUAGGUACAUAUUUAAGCGGUCGUUUGAGAUAAAUAACCAUGAGCAGCGAAUUAUAAAUAAAAUACUUUAUCCGU